GAGAAACCAACUUGCAUUAGUGAAAACAUCAAAAGCGCAUAUUGCAGCGACAUGAGUAGUGACGCAUCGUCGGCGACAGAAGUGACCUUGGUCGUGAAGAGCGUCUAUGAGCGCAACCUGUCCUUGGAGCUCAAGAUGGAAGGAAGCAGCACCAUCCUCCAGGUGAAGGAACUUCUCCAGGAUCGAUUGCCCUCGCCUGCCUUGCCGAAGCACCAGCGCCUGAUCUUUGGGGGCAAAAUCUGCGACGACAUUCAGACGUUGGUUCAAGUCCUCAAGCGGAUGGAUCCUAACGAAACGUACACGUUCCACUUGUUGGUAAGCCAGCCAAACAAGACAGCGACACCCGCAACGCAACGCACACCUCCGUCGCAAGCCGCGGUGGCGGCACCUGCUACCGCCGCUGUACCACCUACACGACCUAUUGCCCCUGCUGCUUCGAUUCCUCUAUCUCCGUAUGCAGCCCCUCGACCCGUCCCUGGCGCCGCCGCCCCGACGUUUGCGACAACAGCCCCUCCGACGACACCCGCCGACAGUCCGUCUGCAGUUCCUUCGUCAAUUUCGCCGUUGCAAACAAUGCAUUUGCAGCAUUACUUGGCCCAGCAGGAGCUCAUGUUGACGAUGCAGAUCCAGUACCUUCGCCACAUUCAGCAAUUCCAGCAAAUGCAUGGCAUCCACUUCAACCCCGACGCCGCUACCGCCGCCUAUUCGACCUCUCCGCCAGCCACGCCCUUUCCCACGGCGUACUUUGCGUCGUUCCACAUUCCUCCUGCUGCUACUCCUCCGAACGUCGGCGCCGAAACCCCCGCGGCACCACGCUUUCAAGCCAUUCGAUCCAUUGUGGGUCUCUUGGACUUUACCCUGGCGCUCAAAAUGUGCGUGAUGGUGUACAUCAUCGGCCAAGACUUGCCUCCUCCGCGCUCCUACAUCCUCGUGGGUCUGUCGUUUGUCGUGUACCUGUUAAUGACUGGUAUCCUGCUCAAGAUCUACGACAUCCUCAAAGGCAACCCACACAUCGACCGCGCGCCUGCAGCCGCCGCCGACAACAACGGCGACCUCUUCAACCAACUGAACGACGCGGUCAACGCCGGCCCGCCCGGCCCGCCCCUCGUGACCAUCGCCACGGACGGCGGGAUCAUCAAAGACAUUCAGUCGUUUGCGGUGGGGCUGGUCCUGAGUUUGUUUCCGUCGUGGCGACCGUUGGCGUCGGCCCCUCCUGCCGCCAACGUGCCUGCAGCUGUAGACCCCCAAGGGUAAUUUAAUUCAAAAUACAUGUCGUGUACUGUAUGUGGAAAC